UGCGGCUGCUGAGCCGCGGUAUGUCUGCAGCAUCCAGGUUUUGCGUGUCGGGCCCCUAGCACGCCUCGUUGCUGUCUCCUCCCCUCUCCGCCCAUGCGGGGGUCCCACGGCGGCGAACCAACUCUGCGCACUUUGCCCCUGUUGGCAGCGAAUAAAAGAAGUCUGAGGAAAUACUGGACACGGUCAUCCACUGCCAGCUCUAGCCUUUAAAUACCCAGGCUUGGGAGAUCUCCGCACACUGGUCACAGAUCCAGCGCGCAAGGCGGUAGAGGAUUCCCAGCGCAACUCCGUCCAACGCCGCACAAACUUGGACCCCGCCACCGAAAUCUCGCCGGAGUCCCAGCUGUCCCGAACUUCGAUCCGCAGUCUCAGCCCUGGGAAAGUGAUCCCAGCAUCAGAGAGCCCAGAUGCCGGCCCACUUGCUGCAAGAGGAGAUCUCUAGCUCCUACACAACCACCACCACCAUCACAGAGCCUCCCUCCAAGAUCCUGCAGAAUGGAGAAGGCAAGUUGGAGAAUCUCCUACACGCGGAUGAAGACAUCCGCCCUGAAAUGAAAGAUGACAUCUAUGACCCAAGCUAUAAGGAUAAGGAGGGCCCGAGGCCCAAGUUUGAGUAUGUCUGGAGGAACAUCAUCCUUAUGUCUCUGCUACACUUGGGAGCCCUGUAUGGGAUCAUAUUAAUCCCCACAUGCAAGCUCUACACCUGGAUCUGGGCAUUUCUCUACUACAUGGUCAGCGCCCUGGGCAUAACAGCAGGAGCCCAUCGCCUGUGGAGUCACCGGAGUUACAAGGCUCGGCUGCCCCUGCGGGUCUUCCUGAUCAUUGCCAACACCAUGGCAUUCCAGAAUGAUGCUUAUGAAUGGGCCCGAGAUCACCGUGUUCACCACAAGUUUUCAGAAUCAGAUGCUGAUCCCCACAAUGCCCGACGUGGCUUUUUCUUCUCUCACGUGGGUUGGCUGCUUGUGCGCAAACACCCAGCUGUCAAAGAGAAGGGUAGUUUGCUAGACUUGUCUGACCUAAAAGCCGAGAAGCUGGUGAUGUUCCAGAGGAGGUAUUACAAGCCCGCUGUCCUGAUGAUGUGCUUCAUCCUGCCCACAAUUGUGCCCUGGUAUUUCUGGGGUGAAACUUUUCGACACAGCUUAUAUGUUGCCACUUUCUUGCGGUACGCCGUUGUGCUCAAUGCCACCUGGCUGGUGAAUAGUGCUGCCCACCUCUACGGAUAUCGCCCUUAUGACAAGAACAUUAACCCCCGAGAGAAUAUCCUGGUGUCCAUGGGAGCUGUGGGGGAGGGUUUCCACAACUACCAUCACUCCUUCCCCUAUGACUACUCCACCAGUGAGUACCGCUGGCACAUCAACUUUACCACAUUCUUCAUCGAUUGCAUGGCUGCCCUUGGUCUGGCUUAUGACCGGAAGAAAGUAUCCAAGGCAGCCGUCUUGGCCAAGGUUAAAAGAACUGGAGAUGGAAGCUACAAGAGCGGCUGAGUUUUGGGUCCUUAGGUUUCCUUUUCCAAAAGCCAGCCAGGCAGAGUUUUAAUGUUCUGUUUAUUAACUACUGAAUAAUGCUACCAGGAUGCUAAAGAUGAUGAUGUUAACCCAUUCCAGUACAGUAUUCUUUUAAAAUUCAAAAGUAUUGAAAGCCAACAACUCUGCCUUCAUGAUGCUAAGCUGAUAUUCUUUCAUCUCUUCUCUUCCCUAUCUUCUAGAUCCAUUGCCCCUUUCUUUGCUGUGUUCCUAUCACCUUCCUUUCUCUUCUCCCUCAUUGGUUCCCAUACAAGCAGCUGGUAAGGCAUUGGUGGGUGUCCAGCAUCUGAAGUCUAGACAACCUUUCUGUCAUCCAAAACUAGUGGUUUUGCCUCGGAUAACUCUUUCCUUGAGCUGUCCUGAGCUUCAAGGUAGGUGGCUCAAGCUGGAGAUUUGACAACAUUGUCUGGGAAGACCCUUAUUAAUUAUCUUCAUUUCAGACUUUUCCUAGAUGGAAUGAAAAAACAACUUUAUUUGUCACAAAGCUUCUAAAGCAGCAAAAUUGUCAGGGAGAUAGUUAGCAUGCAUGAUAUGAUUGCUAAGUAAGAAUGGGGUGAGGUGGAAAACAAAGCAAGAAGAAGCUCCUGAUGUGACCAAACAUACAGCUGCCUACCUAACAAGGACAUCAAGCCACACCGCACAGCAUGCCUCCUGUCUCUCCUGUCUCUGAGUAGGGAAUGGCCAUGGAGCUUAGCAGUGCUAGAAAACAAAAGCAAAUCUGAGGUCGCAAUAGACUCUAGACUGCGGAUAAAGAAGCAUUUAGUUUGUAGUACAGCUUAUCUUUGAAGAAGAAAGAUUUCUUUUCUUUAAUAACAGGAAGAUUUCUUAUUUCAUAUAUCAGGAAUUCUUGAGGUUGGUUGUUUCCAGAAUUGGUGAAUCCAGCAGCUCUUGGAAUCAUCAAAAUUAUUCCAUCUUUCUGCUCUGCUCUCUGACCCCUGGGAUAUUGGUCAGCUCCACUUAUAGUAAUAAGUUGGCUGCCGCAUUUUCAGACAUCCAAAAAAGGAAUGCAUCGGUGGCAUAGUGGUGAGCAUUCAAAAAAGGAAGGAUUUUAGGAGGUAGGUCAAACAUAUAUAUAUACUAUACAUACAUACACACACACACACACACACACACACACAGAUACUUUGCUUAGAAUAUUAAAUAAUUCAGUCAGAGUGUUUCCCUCUGAAAGAAGAAUGCUUGAAGAAGAGGAGGAAUUAGGUGGGUUGUACACUUUCUACCCAUUGUUGGACAGGUUAAGAUGGACAGGUUGAGGUACAGGGUCUGUAGGAAGUUACUGAGAGAUAACUCGACAGAAGAAGGACUUUGAGAACACAUUGUCUGGAAUUGAGAAAGUUAUUGGGUGUCCUAAUACAAAAGCUGGUUAUCCAAACAAAUGAGUUGUUAGGUUUAUUUAUUGACUCCUAUUUCUCCUUGGAAUAAGUAAAAACUGGAAAGCUUCUCUCCACAAUGUCAGACUAUUUCACUCAUUUUUGCUUUGUUAACAACUAACCCAGUGAUUUUCAACCUUUUUUGUCUCAUGGCACACAUAAACUAAUUACUA